CAGGGUUGCAGUGCACUUUAAUGUUUUGUCUCCAACAACAUGAAUGAUGAGGAGGAUGAGAUUAAACUUGAGAUUAACAUGCUGAAGAAAUUCUCCCACCACAGAAACAUUGCCACAUACUAUGGUGCUUUUAUCAAGAAGAGUCCUCCUGGACAUGAUGACCAGCUGUGGUUGGUCAUGGAGUUUUGUGGUGCUGGAUCUAUAACAGACCUUGUUAAGAACACCAAAGGCAACAGUUUGAAAGAAGACUGGAUUGCAUACAUCUCCAGAGAGAUUCUGAGAGGUCUGGCCCAUUUGCAUGCCCACCAUGUCAUCCAUCGUGACAUUAAGGGUCAGAAUGUGCUGUUAACAGAGAAUGCCGAGGUGAAAUUAGUUGACUUUGGUGUGAGCGCUCAGUUGGACAGGACAGUUGGCAGAAGAAACACUUUCAUUGGCACUCCUUAUUGGAUGGCGCCAGAGGUCAUUGCCUGUGAUGAGAACUCAGAAGCGACAUAUGACUAUAGAAGUGACCUGUGGUCGUGUGGUAUCACUGCUAUAGAAAUGGGUGAAGGAGCUCCUCCUCUAUGUGACAUGCAUCCAAUGCGCGCCCUUUUCCUUAUUCCCAGAAAUCCUCCUCCACGGCUCAAAUCAAAGAAGUGGUCCAAGAAGUUCUUCAGCUUUAUUGAAACCUGCCUGGUGAAGAAUUACAUCCAUCGCCCCUCUACAGAGCAACUGUUGAAACAUCCUUUCAUUAGAGACCAACCUAACGAGAGACAUGUUCGCAUCCAGCUCAAAGACCAUAUAGACCGCACUCGUAAGAAGAGAGGAGAGAGAGAUGAGACGGAAUAUGAGUACAGUGGAAGUGAAGAAGAGGAAGAAGAGGCACAAGAACAGGAAGGAGAACCCAGUUCUAUAGUGAACGUGCCUGGUGAAUCUACUCUGCGACGUGACUUCAUUCGUCUGCAGCAAGAGAAUAAGGAGCGAUCAGAGGCACUGAGGAGACAACAGCUACUCCAGGAACAGCAACUCCGAGAACAGGAGGAAUAUAAGCGGCAAUUGUUGGCUGAGAGACAGAAACGCAUUGAACAGCAGAAGGAGCAAAGAAGACGACUUGAGGAGGUUGGGCUUCAAUAUAAAUAUUGUGAUUAUUGUCUUAAUCUUGCUUAUACUUGUUCUGCAUGAACGUACGUGUGUGUGUGUUUGUGUGAUAUUUGAGAAAAUGGAAUUGUAGGCAGUUGCUGUGGCAACAAACAACAGUGCCUUUAUGUAUUGUGUGACAUGUUAACAAACUUUUUUGGAGGAAUUCUGUUUAUAAUAUUGAGUUUGUUCUUUGUGGUCCUGUGCUGCCUUUUAAUUCAGUUGAUUUGAAUAUGUCUGUAUUGGCUAAUGUUGGUUAAGUGAAUGCUUAAGUUUAAACGUAUAAUGAUCAUUAUGCAAGGCAAGCACAUGUAGUAAAUUUGCUUUUGCCACCUAGGGAGGCAAAAUAGUGUGGUGAAGGUCACGUGUAAGAAUAAUAAAAU